AUGUACCACGGUUUGCCACCACUGAGAAACUCUCUCGUGAAGAGCAUUUUUGCUUCACAGCUCGGCCUGCCCCAGCCACUGGAUCCACGGAGCCCCCAGGCAUUUACGCUGUUCUCUUGGAGAGCAUUUCUGGAAGAUGGAGGACCAUUUCCAGUUAUGAGUAGCAGCCCAGAUACGCUAGAACAUAAUAUGCAGCUGUGUCUCUGCAGGCUGAGUGACCGUGACCUCAAGGUGGCUCAUGGAGAGCUGGUGGGCAUGCAACUGCUGAUGGAAGAUGUACUUCUGAGCAACUAUCACACGAUCAUGGAGGGUCCCUCAGGACAGCAAACCACACUGGACAAAAAUACACAGCCAGAUUUGCCCAGAGUGCCAGGAUUCAGAAGUCACUUCCACAGCAGCCCAAAGGCCUCCGAGCUGCUGAGGGGCCCGUGCCAGGCAGUGAAGUCCCUUGCUUUGCUGAGAUCACUUUUGGUACUGUGGAAGCAGCUGGAAGUGCUAAAGGAGCACUGGGGCCAACUCAAGCUGCGAGGCCAGGACAUCAAUUCUGUCUCUCUCCACAAACAGUUCUCGGAGCUCUACGGAACUGACAUUCUCUACCCCAGCAUGAAAGCUAUAGCUAGGCGGAUGGGGAAAGAAGAUGAAUUUGAAGGACUUAUAAUAAGUGGUCAGACUAUUCUUCCCCCCAAAGGAGCUUCAGAAAUUGAAAUAAAAACUCAGCAGCUUCAGAAACUUCUGGAAAAUCUUGAAAUUCAUAUGAUCCAGGAAGUAUUAAGAAAAGUUAACAGAGAGAUAACACUGGUUGUAUCAGAAAAGUCCAAGGAGCAGAGUACUCUCCCUACAGACCUUUGGAAACACCAAGUCAUGAAAGAAAACUUUUCAGUUAUUAGACCACAAAUAGUUGAAAAAUUUAUACAGAGAUUAAUGGAAAAUUACCAGGAUGGCGGACUAGAGAUCACUUUCAGGAAAGACCACCUUGAGGCUUGCCUCCUUUCCCUGGGUUGUGAUGUGAUGGCAAGAGAACGCAGCAACUUCGAGAGCUACUCCAUGUGUUAUGAGCAUGUGUUGGAGCAUGCUAGGCAGAAGCUCUUCCAGAAGGAGCAAGAAUUAGAGGUUUUACGAAGAGGGCAGAGUCCACCUGAAGACAAUGCUGGUCAGGUUGCAGAGCUCAGUCAUACUAUGAUCAUGGAAAUCACUGCUCUGAGAGCCCAACUCACGGAUUUGGAAGGAGAGAAUCUGAAUCUCAAAAAGCAGAUUAGAAAAGACGUCCAAGAAGAAUAUGAAGCCUUAGUCCAAGCCUUGUUUGUGACAUGUUUACACAUCAAAGAAAAGCUGGAUGAGAAUCAGCUUAAUUUGAUCCAAAAAGUGUGUGAGCUCAUCGAUGAAGUAAGAACAGAAGGGAUUGACAAUCUGAAGGGCCUAAAGAAAAAAUGGGGCUCCGCCAGACCUGAUGAAGAAAUGAAAGAAAACCCAGCCAAAGAGCAGCUGCGGGCCUUGGAGCAGGACAACUGCAGCCUGGCCGCCCUGGUGUGCAAAGCGCGGAGCCUGGGCCAGUGGAGGCUGGCUGUGCAGCAGGCUCGUUUCCAGGGCCAGCUGAGCAGAGCCCAGAAGGAAGCUAUGCAAAGUAAAAAAGAGUGUUUGAGCAUCAAACUAAUGGCAGAACAAGAAGUGGUUUUAUUUCGUCAAGAGUUACUGGCUCUAAGGCAGACCCUGGCCAGGGCGCAGGCUGACAACGUGAGGAUGUGCAGGCAGCAGGCUAACCAGGCUCAAUUGCUGGAAGAGUUAGAACACAGAGUGACGCAGGAAGCUCGCCACCGGCAGCAGCUGGAUUUCAUAAAAACCUCCAGCAUAGAGAAGCUCUUGGAAGACGUGGAACACAAAGAACAGCACCUGCAGCUCCUCACUGAGGAGGCGGAGAGGGCUUCCAAACUGGGCCAGCUCCAGCAGAGGAAAACUCGGAGGGAACUCCAACAGAUGAGACGCCGGCUUGCCCAGGAGCGCAGCGUGAAAAUGGACGCUUUCCAGCGUGUAGAAGAGCUACAAAGUCAGCUUAAUGACGCUGAGCAAUCGUCUGUUCAGAGGAGCUCCCCAGGUGGCCUUAUAUCCCGGGCUCAGUACUCCCUAAAUUCUGCUUCCACAUCAUCCAGAUACUCCCAGCAACACCUUUUAAAGACUAAUCUUAUGGUCAGUAAAAUAACAAGAAGGAUUCAAAGGCCAAAGACUGUACCUAUUAAACACAAAGAAAGGAUUCACCAUGUCUUCCUACCCAAUGUGGCAGAAAAUGUUCAACUUUCAGCUUUUCAAGUUCAAACGGCUCCAUCCAGAAUCCCCUUCAGACCUGAUUGGUAAUCAUGUUUCCUUUUUCCAAGUUUUAU